CCAAAUACUUUCAACGUUGACGUCGACGUCGAGCACGACAUCCUCCCCUGAGUUCUCUCCUACUGCCUACAUUUCUACGGCCAAGGCCACCUUUUCCUUUCUCUUUAAUUUCCCACUCAAAGGCUCCGGCAUCUCGCCAGGUUCUGAACGUAUUUGGCGGCAGUACCGGACGGUAGUUCAUGACAGAUAUUCCUCUUCGUUCUCUUCGAAAACACAACAAUCGCGCUGGAUACACUCAACUAAACGAUACUGAUAUCGACUCUGGCCCCGGGUCGGCCGACUCUCCCGACAACCGAACUACUAUGCCUAGUCCAAUCGCAGCAGUUACGUCCACGAUCACGGCAGUGAAGAAGUCACGGAAGGACCGCUAUGCAGGCAAUCCAGAAGAAGAGACCAGUUUGCUGGGAGGAGAAAUGUAUGAUGAGGAAGAAGGAUAUGUAGAGGAGACGCCUUUCAGAGAGGUGCGGAAACCCAGAUCUGCAUCAAUAUUAUCCAAGGGUAAGAGUUCACAGAAAGAUGAGUCCCGUACAAUACCAUUCCGGCCGCCAGACAAAUUACAAUCUCGGUAUCCUCCAAAUAUCGUUCGUAAUCAAAAGUAUAAUGCCUUCACUUUCUUCCCUAUCGUUUUCUACGAACAAUUCAAGUUCUUCUUCAAUCUAUACUUCCUGCUGGUGGCCCUGUCUCAGCUUAUACCGGCGCUGAAGAUUGGAUUUAUUGUUACUUACAUCGCGCCCCUUGCAUUUGUUCUCUUUGUCACGAUGGGGAAAGAGGCGUACGACGAUUACAAACGUUACCUUCGGGACCGAGAGGCCAACUCACAGAAAUACCUCGUCAUUGCGCCACCUUCCUCUUCGACCGACGCAUCCUCCCACCACAAUGCAUACCUUGACACCCAUGCAAAUACGCGGUCCGUCCCUUCGUCCUCUCUACGCGUUGGUGAUCUAGUUAGGCUAGAGAAGAACCAGCGGGUACCGGCUGACAUGGUUCUGCUACACACAUCGGAUGCUUCCGGAACUUGUUUCAUCCGUACUGACCAGCUCGACGGAGAGACAGACUGGAAAUUGCGCGCCGCAAUAUCGGAAUGUCAAAAACUCGACGAGAGUGACCUCGUAAGGCUUGAUGCUGAGAUAUAUGCUGAUGCACCCAUCAAGGAUAUCCACUCAUUCAUAGGGACAUUUACUCUCAAUGGUCCCCCUCAAGUUUUAUCACAGAGCCAAUCCGACGUCCCUCUACAUCCAUUGCCACCUUCGGUGGCACCGUUAACUGCCGAGAACAUGCUAUGGUCCAACACAGUUCUCGCUGCUGGAAACGCCGUCGGAUUUAUCGUCUACACCGGCUCCGAAACACGGGCUGUUAUGAACACAAGUCAUCCGGGGACGAAAGUCGGCUUGCUAGACCUGGAAAUCAAUAAACUGGCCAAGAUCCUUUGCGCUGUGACAUUCGCCUUGUCCUUAGUUCUGGUCGCACUCAACGGAUUCAGGGGUUCUUGGUACAUCUAUCUUCUCCGUUUCUUAAUUAUUUUCUCCUCGAUCAUUCCCAUCAGUUUACGUGUCAAUCUGGACAUGGGCAAAACUGUGUACGCGCAACAAAUCAUGAACGAUUCCGAGAUUCCGAACACGAUAGUACGGACCAGCACUCUGCCUGAGGAACUUGGGAGGAUCGAGUAUCUGUUAAGUGACAAGACUGGCACACUGACGCAGAAUGAGAUGGAAAUGAAGAAGCUCCAUAUGGGAACCAUGUCGUAUGGCUUUGAUUCCAUGGACGAAGUCGCUCAUCAACUGGCUGUAGCAUUCGGGGCUGAUCAAGCACACGUGCGGCAGGGUACGAUGCCCACAGGAGCCCAACUAGCCACCCGUGGACGAAGAGACAUGUCAUCACGAGUGCGUGAUGUGGCUUUGAGUCUGGCUCUGUGCCAUAAUGUCACUCCGGUUACCAAUGACGAUGGUUCAGUCACCUAUCAAGCUUCCUCUCCCGACGAAGUCGCCAUUGUGCAAUGGACACAAUCGAUCGGCCUCACCCUGGUGUUCAGAGACCGUACCAAGAUCGAGUUGCAGACGCCCACCGGAUCGAGGAUUAUAUUCGAAGUGCUCGAGAUAUUCCCUUUCACAUCCGAAUCAAAGCGCAUGGGUAUCGUCGUCCGAGAUGUUCAGACGGGGGAGAUCACGUUCCUGCAGAAGGGUGCCGACGUCGUGAUGGCCAAAAUCGUCCAACGGAACGAUUGGUUAGAGGAAGAGACCGGUAAUAUGGCCCGCGAAGGUUUGCGUACGUUGGUGAUGGCGAGGAAACGGUUGGGCGGGCAGUCGUACAACGAGUUCAAGCAGCAGUACCAUGAAGCCAGUGUCAAGCUGGAUGGACGGAACGAGGCUAUGGCUGCGGUGGUGUCAGAGUACCUGGAACAUGAUCUCGAGCUCCUAGGACUGACGGGCGUCGAAGAUAAGCUUCAGGAUGAUGUCAAGUCCACGUUGGAACUACUCAGAAACGCCGGGAUCAAGAUCUGGAUGUUGACGGGAGACAAGAUCGAGACCGCGAGAUGCAUAGCUAUCUCGACGAAGCUAGUCGCUCGCAAUCAGUAUAUACAUGAGGUUGCAAAGCUGAAGACUUCCGAUGAGGUUCGAGACCAGCUGGAGUUUUUGCAGUCGAAGCUGGAUUGUUGUCUGGUCAUUGAUGGGGAAUCAUUACAGCUUUGUCUCAAUCUCUUCAAGAAUGAGUUCAUCGAAAUAGCCACCAAACUAUCUGCGGUCGUCGCCUGCCGUUGCUCGCCGACCCAGAAAGCGGACGUGGCACGUCUCAUCAGGAGACAUACGAGGAAACGCGUGUGUUGUAUCGGCGACGGCGGUAACGAUGUCAGCAUGAUCCAGGCUGCCGAUGUAGGAGUCGGUAUCGUCGGAAAAGAAGGCAAACAAGCCUCUCUCGCGGCUGACUUUUCUGUCAUCCAGUUCAGCCACCUAACGAAGCUCCUCCUAUGGCACGGAAGGAAUUCUUAUCGACGCUCGGCGAAGCUCGCGCAGUUUGUCAUCCACCGGGGAUUGAUCAUCUCCAUCAUGCAGGCCGUGUUCUCGGCCAUCUUCUAUUUCGCUCCCAUUGCGCUUUACCAGGGGAUGCUGAUGGUGGGGUAUGCGACGAUUUAUACGAUGGCUCCUGUAUUCUCGCUCGUGUUGGAUCGUGAUGUAGACGAGGACGUUGCGCUACUAUACCCGGAGUUGUACAAGGAGUUGACCAAGGGCCGGGCCUUGUCGUAUAAGACCUUCUUUCAGUGGCUGAUGAUCAGUCUAUAUCAAGGUGCGGCGAUAAUGAUCAUGUCCCUGGUCCUGUUCGAGAACGAGUUUCUGCACAUCGUCUCCAUAUCCUUCACCGCACUCGUCCUUAAUGAACUCAUCAUGGUGGCACUGGAGAUCACGACAUGGCACCCCUACAUGGUGGUAUCAGAAAUUGUUACCCUGUUCUUCUAUAUUAUUAGCAUUGCCUUUCUACCUGAAUACUUUGAUCUGUCUUUCGUCGUUACACUGGGAUUUGGAUGGAAGGUUGCCGUCAUCGUCGCCAUCAGCGCGCUACCAUUGUAUAUAAUCAAGCUCAUUCGAAGUAGAGUCGCACCAGCUGCAUCCAGCAAACUAUGAUCUCUCACACAGAUACCACACACCAUUUUGGAUAUUGAUAAUGUAUUCUUGUCGCUACGUGAGUUAAAAUGUAAAUGGAUGAUGG